AUGGCGCAAGCGAAUAGGGCGAUCAGCACCGAGGCCAAUGAAGGGCUGCUAGUCUUGGUGAUCGACACCAACCCCGUGCACUGGUUCACGAAUGGCGGUAGUGCGGCGGACCGCGCCGGGCUGCAGCAGCUGAUCUCCAGUACGCUCGUAUUCGUCAACUCGUACCUGCUUCUACACCGCAGCAAUCGCAUUGUCAUCAUCGCGGCCCACGCCGGCAAGAGCGCAAUGCUGUACCCGGAUCCAGAGCAGGACGACACCACUGGAAGUGCCGAACAGGCUGCCAAGGUCAAUGCUGGUGUCCUGCAGCGUAUGCAGCAGCUCAGCGACGCCCCUUUGGACCCUGCCACGCCCAACCAAACUGCCAUCGCUGCGUCGCUAUCACGUUCACUAUGCUUCAUUAAUCGUGCUAUUAACGAGGAACCGGAUUUACGACCACGGAUCUUGGUCAUCCAGAAAUCUCCGGACGUUUCGGAGCACUAUAUCGCCAUCAUGAACGGCAUUUUUUCAGCUCAGAAGAAGAGUGUUGCAGUGGACGCCUGCAUCCUCGCGACGGAGCACUCGUCGUUCAUGCAACAAGCUGCGUAUCUUACAGGCGGCAUCUACUACAAGCCAAACGAUCAUAGCGGACUAUUGCAGUAUCUGAUCUCCAUCUAUCUACCAGAUCCGUCCAUGCGCAAAUUGUUGAAGUUGCCAUCGCAGGACUCGGUGGACUUCCGUGCGAUGUGCUUUUGUCACCGCGAGGUCAUCUCUACGGCGUACGUCUGCCCGGUGUGUCUGUCGCUAUUUUGCGAGUUCCGACCCAUCUGCUCAACUUGCGGUAUUCGUAGUCACAUCCAGCCUAAAAAGAAUGGUUUGCACAAGAAGCGUCUACGGGUGGAUUAA